CUUCUCUUUUGGUCAGCUGUUUUCAAGAAGCUCUUUCCUUCAAACACACACACACACACAUAUUUACACACACGCGCGCAUAGGCACACACAGAAUGGUCUCUUUGGCUCCCCAGGUACUUUGUAGCUUAAUUGCCUCUAGACAGAUCACAUACUGUACCCCCACCACCACACACACACACACACACGCACACACACACAAACACUCUCUUUCGAGGAACAGUAACAUAUACAAUUUGCAUGCUGAUCAAUUCAAAUCCAGUUUCCUCUCAUUUCCCCCCUCCUUGUGCUUCUUUAGCGUACCUUCUCAGAUCUUUUUGUGCGUCUCUGCAGGCAAACACGUUUCCACUAAAUGUACCGCUGUUACUGCGGGCUAAUACAAGAGGAAUGGAAGAAGUGAGUGUGGGAAGUUUAUGAAGGAGGUCUGGUAGCGUUUGAAGCAGAGGAAUGUGUCAGACGGGGCAUAUGCCGCCGGUAGCCUGAAAACAUAUACACAUGCACACAUCCCGACACACACUCAUUCAAAGAUCCCAAGGGUUUCAUCACUGAGGAUUUAGGACAACCCGUCUCCGUUUGUGUCUCCUAAACAAACAGCAUCACACAUCCCCCCAGCCAUGUCCAUGGCUCUUUUGUGCUCUGGCCUCCUGUUUCUGUUGAGUGGUUUUCAGUCUGCUUCAGGCACAUUUGUAGCUGAUAUGGACUAUGGAGGCGUUCCUCUGUGGAUUAACCGCCUGCUAGGUGAGCCCAGUGUGCUGAGUCUGCAGGGGCGAAUGGAUCCAGCCUGGUUCCGGGCUAAUAAUCCGCAGCUCUGCCCUGAAGAGUGUGACUGCCCCAUCCAGUGGCCCACAGCGCUCUAUUGUGACCAGAGAGCUUUAGCACACAUCCCUGACAGCCUGCCCGACAGAACUCAAUACCUGUUUCUACAGGGCAACAACAUCUCAACCCUGUCCUCUUCCGUGCUGGCCAAUGUUACUGGGCUUCGAUGGCUCAUUCUGGACAACAACCAACUGGAGAGCGACAACCUGACGCAGGACUCUUUGCAGAGCCAGACCCAGCUGUGGUACUUCUUUGCUAACCACAACCACCUGAGUUCAGUGCCCAGUGCUUUACCAGCUGGACUCAAACAGCUGCGACUGGCCUACAACCAAAUCAGCAGCAUCAACCCAGAAGCUUUCCAGAACUUGCAUAGCCUAACACUGCUGCUGCUGCAGGGAAACAGACUGAAUACCAUUACAGAGGGAGACCUCAGAGGUCUGGUCAGUCUGAACCUGUUGGACCUCAGCGGGAAUUCAUUUUCAACCAUUCCCAGGCACUUACCUUCCUCCGUUGAGCAGCUCUAUCUGUCAAACAACUCUCUCACUGGACUGGAUGUGGACAGUUUUGAGGGAUUUCUCAACCUUAAGUAUCUACGCCUAAGUCACUGUGGCCUGCAGAACCGUGAGGUCCACUCGCAGGUCUUUAACCACUCCAGCUUGGUGGAGCUGGACCUUUCAUAUAACAAACUCACUGCUAUUCCCACAGUCCCCACCACCCUCCAGUACCUCUACCUGGAGGCCAAUAAAAUACAAGAGUUCAAUGUGACCAGUUUCUGCAGAGAGGUGGGACCUCAGUCUUACUCCAAGAUGAAGUUUCUACGAUUGGAUGGAAACAAAAUAUCCUACCAUCAGCUGCCUCCUGACUGGGUGUUCUGCCUGCGAGUGCUUCAACGCAUUUACAUCUGACUCCACUUUUUGAACACAAAACCAACACAGCGGUGCUCUAUGUAACUGUCAACCCAUCAAACCUCCAACCACGACUCAGCAUUUCAAUAUCCAUAAUGUGAACUCUAACAGCCCAGCUUUAAAGCUUAAAACCAGAGAAGAGUCUGAUUAUGUGUUCAAAUAUGUAGAUACGCAGCCAGGUGGUGGUGGUUAGAGGAAAACUGAGCUUCAAAAGAUAGCAAAGCUUGAACUUAACCCUAAACCAGUGUUAUUUAUUGGUAAUGACAGAGGUUCUGAUCAAACCCUUUCUUAUACUGCCACUGCAGCCUCGUGGCUUUCUCUCUUUUCCAAGUUCUGAAUCAUCAGGUUUUAAACAUCUGUUUGUUAUUAGUGAAUAGGAACAGUGACAACCCAUCUCAUUUUUGAGUUUACUGAACAAUGUGCUCUGGUUAAACUGAGCUGCCCUUGGGCAAAGGAAGCAUGUAUGAAUGGCAAAAUUCAGUAGCUUUCCCAGGAGCGGAUCUGACUCAGCUAGCUGCACCCUGUUUAACAGCCACACCAGUCUACAUGUGGAGUUGGGUGGAAAAUGAACAUGAAGCAUGCUUUGACUUUGUAAACCUCUUUAUUGUUAGAUUCUUUAAAUCUCAAGUCAACAACUGAUUUCCAUGAUAAAUAAAAUAAAACAAAAAUAUACAUAUACAUAUACAUCACAUGCGUACCUGUCUUUUUUCAAAUAUACAAGCAAAAACUAAAAACUCAGUAUGUAUAAAAUUUGUGAUUUAAUUUUUAUGCAGCUACAUCAUGUCAGCAAUGCAAUUAAUUACAAACUGUCUAUUUAAACUUUUCAAUCUCCCCACAGUGAUGUCAGACCUAAUAAAGCCUAAUGAGGAAAACACAGAAUACAAAUGCAGUGAAGACCACAGUCCUUGGGCUGUUUCUCAAUACCUCGAAAGUACUUAUUGCAAUUAGACUGCACAACAUUUCUGCACUCUGUUGUCAUUUCCCUGUUUAUUAUGCGUCUAAUCAGCUGAUCAGAGCUGGUGGUGGUGAAUAACCUUGACUGGCAUAGAUUUCAGUGAGGCGAAAGAAAAGAUGUAAAGAUGCCGAUAGGUGUAAAACUAGUGUCUCGAGGCAGCUGGUGUUCUAUUUGCACUGACAAAGUGGGUGCAAUAAUACUUUUCAUUUUCUAGUUCUGUCACAGACUGCAGUGAAUACUGAGAACUGUGUGGGAGUUACAUUUGUAAAGAUAAACACAAGGCCAUCGACUCAAAUCAGCACUGAAUGUAUGUAUAAUUGCGAUUUUGGUAUUUCCCCAGUGAAUUAUAUACUGCUGACUAUUAUCAAAUAUUAAUACAACUAUUACUAAUAAUCUAAGAUAAAGGAGAAGUAUUUUCUAAUAAGAGUCAGGUAGAACUCUCAUAAUCGUAAUUUCCCUCAUUUUCCAAUCAUUGUGACACAGAUCAUUUCUGAGAUAGGUGCGUCAUCAGUUUAAGAAAAUUCAAUUUAAUUCAGUAAAAUAAGCGGGAAAGAUUCGCUUAGCAUAAGCAAAGAUUUGAAAACCUGAACUACAUUUGACCAAAAAACAAAAACAGCACACGACAUGAUUUCUUUAAGCGAAUAAAAUGAACGUUUAAUCAUUAUUAACGUUUAUAAUACUUAAAUACAGAUACUCAGAACUUUAAAAACAGUACUUGGGUUUGUCUUUUUCUCACUAAAUCCACUACCAUAUUUUCCCAGUGAUGCAAUUUCUUCCAAACGCUGCAUGUUUUUGAUGGUCUGAACAUACUUGUCCAAUGUCUGGACCCACUUUUACCAGUCCGGAGUCACUCACACAGACUUCCUUUGAGGGAUGAGCAUCAACCAUAAAAGAGUGUACAAAUUUGUUCCAGUGACAACCAGCCGGCAGUCUGCUGGCUACGUAUGAAGUCAUGGUGGAAGGAGACAAAGUGAAGCAAAAAGCUUGCUGGUUCUGUGUUGCUGUUGAGGGACUGUAAACACAAUACAAAACCACAUCAUGCUGUCUUAAAGUAACAGUUUAACAUUUUCAGAAACGUGCUUGAUCACCUCCUUAUUUUGAGUAACAGUCUUUUCAGAGCUGUGCUAAUAGUCUCCACUUGUUUCCCUUGUUUUUGCUUCGUAGUUCAUCAACAUAUUUAAAGUGACAUCAGUCCUCUCAUCGUUCUGUUAUAAAAAAUCAAAGCUUUAUUUCCCCAAAUUUCCACAUAUAUAUACUGUUAACAUAGGAGGAGGUCAAAUAAUCUUACCUUCUGUGAAACUUUAAAGAUGUCAGCAGUUCUACAAUCAGCAGAAAAUAUAUUGAUCUUUUUACCUCUUUUUGUUGUCACAAAAGUUGGGUUUAAACAUGUAGGACUUGCUAUGGCCAUACCUGACCCAUCCAUCUAGCCCAAUCUCCUCCCUGUGUAAACAUGGUGGCUCUGUGAUAAGAUAACCUUAG